AUGCUAUUCACUCUGGAGCUUGCGCUCCUUGGAGCGGCGCUUUGCCACCUUACAAUGGCAAGCCCAUUGACGGCCAGGCAACACGCAGAUCCCACUGCCAUCGUCAAAAACGGAACAUACACUGGUCGCUACAAUGCUGAGUAUGACCAAGACUUCUUCCUAGGAAUUCCCUAUGCCCAGCCGCCAGUGGGCGAUCUACGCCUCCGCAACCCAGUCUCUCUCAAUACAUCAUGGGACGGAAGUGCCGAUGCCACUACCUUCGCCUCGGCCUGUUACAAUAUCGGGGUACCCCAGUUUCCUGAAAUACCAUAUUCGGAGGAUUGCUUGAAUCUCAAUGUGGUACGACCCAGCGGCGUCAAGCCAGGCGACAAACUGCCCGUUGGUGUAUGGAUCCACGGUGGAGGCCACACAACGGGUUCAAACCAGGACCCCAACUACAACAUGACCUUCCUUGUCCAACAAUCCGUCGCUGCAGGCAAGCCGUUCAUCGGUGUCAAUAUCCAGUAUCGGAUGCAACUGUUUGGCUUCAUGUUUGGCUCUGCUGUCGUGGAUUCCGGUGUCGGCAACCUUGGCUACAAAGAUCAGCAUUUGGCGCUUCGUUGGAUCCAAGAAAACAUUGCUGCGUUUGGUGGAGAUCCUUCCAUGGUGACCAUCUGGGGUGAGAGUGCGGGUGCAGAAAGCACAGGAGCCCAAUUGAUUGCAUAUGGUGGUCAAGACCAGGGUCUCUUCCGAGGAGUCAUGUUGCAAAGUGGAGGUCCUAUUAAUCCAUACCGAUACAACACUCCAAAGGAAUGGGAUGUCUACUACCGCAACAUUCUCCGGGCCACCAAUUGCAGCGGAUCUGCUGACACACUGGCGUGUCUUCGAGCCAUGCCUAUCGAGUCAUUAUUCGCCGUUUUCAACAGCAGUGUGGCAACCUCAAUCCCAUCUUGGGGUAUGGAAAUCGACGGAGACUUUAUUCGGGAGAAUGCUCGUGAGGCGCUUGUCGCUGGACGGUUCAUCAAAGUGCCAGUAUUGCAUGGACAAAACCAUGACGAAGCCACAAUUUUCUCCAUCACGGGUGUCAACACAAACGAAGAUUUUUAUGCCCAGGUGAGACAACGGACAUCUGAUAACGCCACUGUGCGCGGUAUUGCGGCAUUAUACCCAGACAUUCCCGCCAUUGGAAUCCCAUCAACAUUGGAAGGUCGACCAUCUGCAGCACUAGGCUUUCAGUACAAGCGCAUUACGGCCUUUAUCACUGACCUAAUUUGGCACGCACCUCGCCGGUUGACCAGUCAAAUAUUGGCCCAGCACAACGUCCCAAAUUGGAACUACCUGUUCAACGUGAGACCUAAUGGAAUGCCCUUAUCAGCUGGAGCAGCUCAUUUCACCGAGGUGUCCUUUAUGUUUUACAACAUUCUGGGUCUUGGAUAUGCGGAAUCACCAUUUGCCAAUACACCCGCAAGUUAUAAAGAACUGUCGAAUAUCAUGUCAAGGUAUUGGGUCAACUUUAUCGUUGAUGGAGAUCCCAACGGUGCUGGUGCUGCCACCCAGUCUCACUGGCCUUCAUAUUCCCUUUCAAACCCGCAGCAAAUGACCUUCGAUGCCAACACCACUGAGCUUUCGUUCCCCACGCCAGACACAUAUCGUGCAGCACCGAUUCAAUAUAUUAUCAACCACCUGGGUUGUUCUUUUGGAAGGUGA